CGAAGCGGAAGCGGCUCCAGCUGACCGGGAGCGUGGUGUGGCCCGUCCGAGGUGGGGCCGUGUCCCCGCCGGGCUGCCGCCCCCGCUGGGUUGCGGCCAUGGAACUCACGGCCGACUACCUCCGGGAGAAGCUGCUGCGGGGCCUGGAGGCGGAGCACGUGGAAGUGGAGGACACGACGCGCAACCGUUGCGCCACCAGCUUCCGAGUCCUCGUCGUGUCGGCUAAGUUCGAAGGGAAGCCACUGCUUCAGCGACAUCGGCUGGUGAAUGAGUGCCUAGCGAAGGAGCUGCAGUGCAUCCAUGCCUUUGAGCAGAAAACCCUGACCCCAGAGCAGUGGAGACUGGAGUGUCGGAAGUGAGGGAUGGAGCCUG